AUGAGAGAAAGUCCCAGUCUAGAGAAAACUUUAUUGGAUGGUGGACUUUAUCCAUAUGGUGGAUAUGGUUAUACGGGUCCUCAAAAUAGUACUGAAUUAUAUGAUCCAUCGGCUCGUGCUUGGAUAUCGACGGGAAACAUGAAUGCUGCGCUAGGUUAUCACACAGUGUCGACAUUACCAAAUGGACAAGUAUUAGUUGCUGGUGGUCAGAGUCACGAGACGUAA